AGUAACAUCAACAAAACGCACAUACACAGCAAACCAAAGAAAAACCCUAAACUAAACCCUGUGUUGUUGCUUGCAAAAUCAAUGGCGAAAUCAUCAAAACGCAGCAGCAGUGGCAACAACACUGACUCGAAGAAGAAGAAGAAGAAGAGCAAGAAAUCAGGUCCCGAAGGCGUAGCCAUGAAAGUGAAGGCCAAAAGCAGCAAGAGCACUGGCGGCGGGAGUGGCAGCAAUCCCUUCGAGUCGAUUUGGUCGCGCCGGAAAUUCGAGGUGCUGGGUCAGAAGCGGAAGGGCGAGGCCCGCCGCAUGGGACUGGCCCGAACCCUGGCAAUCCAGAAGAGGAACAACACUCUCUUGAAGGAGUACCAGCAAAGUGCAAAAUCAUCGCUCUUCGUUGACAAGCGAAUUGGAGAGAAUGACCACGCACUGGACGAGUUUGGGAAAGCCAUCUUGCGAUCCCAACGUGAACGUCAGUUGAACAUGAAGCUGAGUAAGAAAAGCAAGUAUCACUUGUCAGAUGGAGAGGAAGAUGAUUUUGAGGGAAUUGAUUCUCUUGGAAGAGAUGAUUUUGAGGAAGAGAUGCAUCCUGACGAUGUUGAUGCUGAGACUUACGAGGAAAGAGAUUUGGUUCAGCAUAGGAUGCAGAUACCUGGAGAAAAUGCAGUUGAUGGGGAGGAAAAUAGACACAAAAGCAAGAAGGAAGUGAUGGAGGAAAUCAUCACAAAAAGCAAAUUUUACAAGGCUCAAAAAGCUAGAGAUAAGGAAGAAAAUGAACACUUGGUGGAAGAAUUGGACAAGGACUUUACUUCCUUGGUUCACUCUGAGGCCUUGUUAUCUUUGACUGAGCCAAACAAGAUGAAAGCUUUGAAGGCUCUAGUGAACACAAAUGAACAAAGUAGUAAGGACCACAUACCUGCCAGUCGUACCAUAGAAAAUUCUGUGCAGGAAAAACCUGACGAUUAUGACAAACUUGUCAAACAAAUGGGAUUGGAAAUGCGUGCUCGCCCUUCAGACAGGACAAAGACACCAGAAGAGAUUGCUCAGGAAGAAAAAGAACGUCUAGAGCAAUUGGAGGAAGAGCGGCAGAAGAGGAUGGUUGCUGCUGAAGAUUCAAGUGAUGAAGACAAUGAUGAUUCAGAAAAGGCAUCUGAACAGAAACCAAGAUCUCUCUCUGGGGAUGAUCUAGGUGAUUCCUUCUCUGUCAGUGAACAGAUUGUGACUAAGAAGGGGUGGGUUGAUGAGAUUCUUGAAAGAAAAGAUGAAGAUUCUGCUAGUGAAGAUGGUGAUGAUGACGAUUCUGAUGAUUUGGGAAGCUCUGAAGAUGCUGAUGAAGAAUCAGACGAGGGGGAAGAACAUGAGAAGGAUCUUUCUUUAAAAGAUUGGGAACAAAGUGAUGAUGAUGAUAUUGGUGCAGAUUCAGAAGACGAAGAUGAUAGUGAUGAGGACAAAGAAACAGAUUCAGAAGACCCUGACGGGGUAGAAAGAUUAGAUGAUGCGGUUCAUAUAAAGGCAAAGAAAAAUGAUUCUGUUAAAAGUGUGAAAAGGGACAAGGAUUUUUCAAAUGGGAAGAAGAUAGAUGUUGCAGGAAAACAGUCAAAAGAGUCAGAAAUUCCUUAUAUAAUUGAAGCUCCCAAGACCUUUGAAGAAUUAUGUACACUGGUUGAUAACUAUUCAAACUCCAACAUUAUUUUGAUUGUCAAUCGGAUUCGGAAAAGUAAUCCAAUCACACUUGCUGCAGAAAAUCGAAAGAAAAUGCAAGUAUGAAACUCAUACCUUUCUUACUUUUUUGUCUAGACUUUGAUAUUCUCUUUUCACUUCUUGUACAUACGUGUACUGCAUCUAUAAUUGUUUUAUUGGAAAAGUGCAAACUCUUGGAUGUUUUCAACUUGGCGAUACUUUUCCUAUAAUAUGAACUUCAAAGUUUCAUUGACAAUUAAUGGAAAACCUGUAUCAAUAACUAAAAUAUUUCCCUCAACUGUGUAAAUAUAUUGGUUUUUACAGCUUUCAUACUCUAUAAUUUAAUGAAACCUAGCUUAGGGAACAAAAUAUUGUUG